GCUCGUUGCCACCUACGCCCGCUUGUUGAGUCCCGACACUCAUGGCUGCCGCAGGAUGGGGAUAAUAGGAUUAGCGAGAUGGAUCAACGCACCCACAACCGGUGUCAACAAAAUAAGGGAGAACCUCGAAGCAAAUCACCAAGGUGUACAGCGCGGUAGAUGGAUCCUCUCCCUUGGAUCAUACCGCUCCACUCUCAGCACCUCUCCUGCCAUGCGCAUUCCAGAGCGCGUGAUGUACACAGUUACUAUGGGUGACAACGUGUUUGUUGUACUGGAGGAUCCUACUUCACCGACGCGGGCUGAGCUCGCUCAAGCUGCUUCGGACAGUCAGCCAGGCCAAUCUUCGCCGACUCCACCCCCACAUUGGCGGAACACGCUGGUGACUGUGAGCCCACCUGGAGCGCUGGAGCAACUACUAGGGCAACUGCGUGCACGAUGGGUGUCAGUGCGGCAGCCUGGAGCGUCCAGCGCCGGGCAGAGAAGCCAAGGGAUCGGGAUGGCGCAACAGCAGCUGACAAUUGACGGGUACAUCUACUCAAUCGGAAACGACUGGCUUGUUCGCUUUGGCCACGUCAAGCUCGCAGGAGGUGCUCCGAAGGGUAUGCUCAUCGAGGUGGAGUACCUUCCAUUACCGGUGCUGCAGACAAUUGCAGUGGACGGAGCCUCCGAGCUUCUCGCAAACAUUCUCAUAUCGAUGCUUCCCAUGACUCCGGAUGCAAAGAUUGUCGGAGUCAAUGUCGAGGAUGCGAUUUGGGAGGAAGUGUUGGGCGGCCUGGAUGACGAUGUUGACGACGAGGUUGAAAAGUCAGAAGAGGACGCCGAUGGUGAUAUUUUUGUGCUCCCCGAUGUUAUGCCAAAGCCUCGCAAGGGCGACUGGAUAGGCAUGGACAGAGACCGGCGGUCUGCAUACAUGAUUGUAGGUGCAUUGAGACAAGAAGGCUUGAUCUGACCAGCUAUACUUUAUCUGAGUGGAGCAUCUGGCGUGUACUUACUUCUCGGGGCGUUGAUUUCAUUGGUAUUCAUUUCAACAUACAUCUAUAGGACCCCGCGCGCUCGCUCAAUGCGUGCACCUUAUUUUACGUCACACUU